GUUCUGUUCUCUCUUCUCUCCAUGCAAACCCCUCGACGACCCUUUUGUUCAUGCAUCACUAUUGUUUAUGAACAUCAAUGGCUAGUACCACAUACUCGGUGAUGGCACCAACGGCUUCGCCGAAUGCUGCAAGUUCAGGUUGGCGUAAUCACGGGCCGUACAUCUGGGGAGGCCUAAUCAUUUCAAUCUCGAUACUCUUUGCUAUCGCCAUGUUCUGUUGUUUCUUUAAGCGGAGGAUUGACAGCAAAGCAGAUCCUCUGGAAGAUGAGAAAUCAAUGCUGAGGAGGUUCCAAAUGGAGGAGCUGAUGAAGGCGACCAAGAACUUCAGCCCGGAUUGUCUGCUCGGCUCUGGUGCAUAUGGGAAUGUCUACAGGGGAACAUUCAAUGGCGAAGGCACGCUGGCUGUCAAGAAGCCUCACCCCGACUCUUACCAGAGCAUCGAAGAGUUUAGAAAUGAAGUUAGGCUACUCUCCAGAGUUAAGCAUCGGAACCUUGUCAGUCUGGUGGGAUUCUGCGAAGAACCAGGAGCCAGAGGUGCCAAGAUUCUCGUUUACGAAUUUGUGCCCAACGGUUCUCUGCUUGAGUACAUUAUGGGGAGGAGAGGAAGAGUCUUAACUUGGAGGCAGAGGGUCAAUCUAGCCAUUGGAGCAGCUAAAGGCAUCGCUCACCUACAUGAAGGGGUAAAGCCAAGCAUAAUCCACCGGGACAUAAAACCGAGCAACAUCCUAAUAGGAGAUGGAUUCGAGGCCAAGGUCUCAGAUUUCGGACUCGUGAGGUCCGGGCCUGUUGAGGACCAGUCACAUGUCAGUAGCCAGAUCAAGGGGACACCGGGUUAUCUCGAUCCUGCCUACUGUACGAGUUGCCAUCUUACCCCUUCCAGUGAUGUCUACAGCUUCGGGGUGAUACUACUACAGCUCGUGGCUGCUCGGCCUGCCAUUGAGAUAGGGGAACAAGACUCCAAUUAUCAUAUCAUUGAAUGGGCACGACCUAGCAUCGAAAGAGGCAAUGUGGAAGCAAUUCUAGACGCCAAUCUUCUAUCACAGCCCUGCAAUACGGAAGUGAUGCUGAAGAUGGGGCAGGUCGGCCUCAGAUGCGUCGCCAAGUCUCCAAAACACCGCCCCACCAUGAUCGAAGUGGCACAACAUCUACAGGAUGCCCUUUGCUCAACUAAUCACAGCUUUACCGCUGCAGAGCUUUCGCAUGCCGGGAGCCGCACAUGGGUAGAAAAUCCAAUAUCCCACAAAUCAUUCGAUGAUCUGAGCUCCCAGAGCAUAGCCAUAGAUGGGGUCGGGUUCCAAAAAUUCCAUUUGGAGAUAGACACAAUCUCGUUCCAGAGCGAGAAUUUGAGGUGCUUGGAUUUGAACAGCAUCAGUAUCGAUGUGGAUAAGAGUCGUUUGAAAGGAAUGCGAGAAGAGUAAAAAGAUUUUUGAGUUGUAUGUUAAACUGUAUUUUCUGAAAAUGCAAGCUUUGUUUUGCUUUUUUGCCUUCUAUUAUUUCCUGCAUUUUUUUCCCCUUGAAUUUUCAUUAAUUAAUAGUUAUUAAUCUUUUCUGGAGAAAGGGAGGAAAAAACUGCCAAAACAAUAUUUACAAGUUUCUAAUAUUGCACUGUCCAUUUCACAUAAUAGUGCUACAAUGCUAUUCUUCUUCUUCUCCAACGAGCCCAAUACAAACUUUGUACAAUCUUUAAUGGGGCAUCACAAAUGCUUCCUAUAGAUAAAUAUAGAUAAUAACUUAUCAUACUAAUUGAUGUAACUCAGUCUAACUCUUGGCGUGGUUCUAAUCGAAAACAUUCAUAAUUCGAGAAUUUUGUACUUAGUCCAACAACCAAUUCGGUUGGUAGCUGAUGAUUUCUUAAGCUACAUAUAUUCUUCGUACGCAUGUUCUAUCGGCCCCAAAUGAUCAAUUCCUCUUACAUAUCAAAGA